AUGGAUACAUCUGUUGCUGUAAGUUCUUCUCUCCUAUCUAUUUUCUUCUGUCUUCAUUUGCAUCUCCGCUGUCUUGUUUGGGCCGCAAUGGACUCCUGCUAUGAGGAUGGAGUUCCCAGCCGUUGUAUGCCCAAGUUUGAGAAUAUUGCCUUCAAUCGCACAGUGGUGGUGUCAAAUGAGUGUGGCUCUCCGGCUGAAGACUUCUGCAUGCAGACUGGCUCAACACGAUCGUGUCACUACUGUGAUGCAUCAGAUCCAGAGCUCAGCCACAGCGCCAGCUUCCUGACUGACUUUCACAGAAAUGAUGAGCCCACGUGGUGGCAGAGUCAGUCCAUGUACUAUGGCAUUCAGUACCCCAAUUCUGUCAACCUCACCCUCCACCUUGGAAAAGCCUUUGAGAUAACCUACAUUCGUCUGAAGUUUUACACCAGUCGGCCGGAGAGCUUUGCCAUUUAUAGACGUACGGCAGAGGAUGAGCCUUGGUUACCAUACCAAUACUACAGCGGCUCUUGUAAGAGGACUUAUGAAAAGGAUCCUAGAGGCUAUAUCCGCCCAGGAGAUAAUGAAAGGACCGCCCUGUGUACAGACGAGUUCAGUGAUAUCUCACCCCUUACUGGAGGAAAUGUGGCUUUCUCCACCCUGGAAGGUCGGCCCAGUGCGUACAACUUCGACCAAAGUCUGGCACUGCAGCCUACAAGGAUCCGUACCGCCACCAGACAUGCGACAGAGGCUCAGGCUGUUGUUGACAGUGCUGCCGCCUGGCUGUCAGCUCGCCUGACCAGCGCCGGCAGCAGCACCACUGGCUGGAAUGAUAAAGAUCGAGUGGAUAGGAUGUGA